GGGCCCGCGCGCAGCCGCCGCCGCCGCCGCCGCGCGAGGAGCCAGGAUGGUCCUGGUCCACGUCGGCUAUUUCGUGCUUCCAGUGUUUGGCUCUGUGCGAAACAGAGGUGCCCCCUUUCAAAGGUCUCAGCAUCCUCACGCUACCUCCUGCCGCCACUUCCAUCUGGGCCCCCCGCAACCGCAGCAGCUCGCUCCCGACUUCCCCCUGGCCCACCCGGUGCAGUCGCAGCCGGGCCUCAGCGCCCACAUGGCCCCGGCCCACCAGCACAGCGGCGCCCUGCACCAGUCGCUGACCCCGCUGCCCACCCUGCAGUUCCAGGACGUCACAGGUCCCUCCUUCCUACCUCAGGCCCUGCACCAGCAAUACCUCCUGCAGCAGCAGCUCCUGGAAGCCCAGCACCGCAGGCUCCUCUCGCACCCCAGGCGGAGUCAGGAGCGAGUGUCUGUCCACCCUCACCGCCUCCACCCCAGCUUCGACUUUGGCCACCAACUACAGACACCUCAGCCCAGGUAUUUGGCUGAGGGCACUGACUGGGAUCUCAGUGUGGACACCGGCUUGAGUCCCGCUCAGUUCCAGGUGCGGCCCAUGCCUCAGCACUAUCAGCAUUACCUAGCGACUCCUCGAAUGCACCACUUUCCCCGAAACUCCUCCUCCACGCAGAUGGUCGUCCAUGAAAUCCGAAACUACCCUUACCCUCAGCUUCACUUCCUUGCUCUCCAGGGACUGAAUGCCAGCAGACACACCUCCGCUGUGCGGGAGAGCUAUGAGGAGCUGCUGCAGCUCGAGGACAGGUUGGGAAAUGUGACUCGGGGAGCCGUACAGAACACCAUUGAGAGGUUCACCUUCCCCCACAAGUACAAGAAGCGAAGACCCCAGGACGGCAAGGGCAAGAAGGAAGAGGGGGAGGAGUCAGACACAGAUGAGAAAUGCACAAUCUGUCUGUCUCUGCUGGAAGAUGGAGAAGAUGUGAGGCGCCUACCCUGUAUGCAUCUCUUUCACCAACUGUGUGUGGACCAGUGGCUCGCCAUGAGCAAGAAAUGCCCCAUCUGCCGAGUGGACAUUGAGACACAACUGGGAGCUGACAGCUGAGGGAGGAAUUAGCCCGUGGACGCCCCAUUUUCCUUCACCAGGUCCCCCCACGGCCAUAGCCCUUGCAGCCAAACUUUGCCUUCUGAGCCAUUUGAUGUAGAGGAUAAGCCUGCAAGCACAUUUUGUGGAAAGAGGAGUUGGUGGUAUCCGUGUCUGAGGAAAGGAGGGGGUGGGGGAGGCCCACCUGUGCAGAGUGGUGACUGCCCCGUCCGUCCGUCCAUGUCCAUCUGCCUGCUUUGUGGGAGGGAGGGAGCUGGCAG